AUGCCGACGUUCUCUCAGUCCUCCUCCUCCUCCUCCUCCUCUUCCUCUCCUCCACCUCCCUCCUCCAUAUCAUCAGGCUCAUCCUCUCGAUCUCGAAUAAAAGUUACUCCUCCAUCCCUCGAAGCCAUCAAGAACGAAGGGUACUUUGACGAUGACAUCGCGUUGAUCCCUCCGGAUCAAGCUGUCCUCGACAUAACACCUUCGUCGAUCCGUCAGCUGGUCAAGAUCACUUCAAAGGAAUCGCCAGAGGUCCUCGCAAAAGGUUUGGCAUUGAGAGUAGGCGUGGAUAAUGGUGGAUGUCAUGGAUAUCAAUAUACCAUGGCAUUGACCGAGGAGCGAAAUGUCGACGACUACGUGAUGCAGCCGCAGGGAAUCGACUGUAUCCCUGUCGUCGUCGACUUGAUAUCAUUGAGACUGCUCAAGGGCUCCACUCUCCACUACGGCUCUGAACUCAUUGGAUCCUCCUUUCAGCUCAUGAACAACCCACAAGCAAAGCAGGGCGGCAGUUGUGGAUGUGGCGUGUCAUGGGAAGCGAAAGAGGGAAUAUGACAUACUUGCAUCGCCCAUUACUUCAUGAUAAUGCAUGACACAUGU